AUGGAUCGACCGAACAAGCGAUUGGCAUCGGCCGAUGAUGAACCAGCCGGCAGUUACACGCCGCUGUCCCUCUCGCACCCAGUGAGCCCUCCGUUGAAGAAGCGUCGGCUCGCGGUACCAGCGGAGGACAAGAAACCCCAUGUGCAGUCCUCAAUACGGCCUCGAGUUUUUAAGUCCCCGUUUCGGCUCACCAAGGUCCGCAACUUGCCCCCAGAAAUGAACAAGGACACAGUCACACUCAAAGACAUCCUGGGCGACCCUCUGAUCGCGGAAUGCUGGGAAUUCAACUAUCUUCAUGAUAUUGAUUUUCUCAUGGCCGCCUUUGAUCCCGACGUCCGUCAUCUCGUCAAAGUCCAUGUGGUCCAUGGAUUCUGGAAGAGAGAAGACCCCAACAAGCUGGCGCUCCAGGAAGUGGCAUCUCGGCACCCGAAUGUCACUCUCCACGAUGCUUUCAUGCCUGAGAUGUUCGGCACUCAUCACUCCAAGCUGAUGAUUCUGCUCCGUCACGAUGAGACGGCCCAGAUCGUCAUUCACACAGCCAACAUGAUUGUCCGCGACUGGACCAACAUGACGCAGGCUGCCUGGCUCUCGCCGAGGCUUCCUCUCAUGAAGCCAUCGCAGCAGAGCAUCAGCCAGGAGGAAGCAACAAUCGGCAGCGGAGCCAAGUUCAGAAUCGACUUCCUCAACUACCUCCGCGCCUACGACACACGGCGAGCCACCUGCAAACACAUCAUCAAUGAGCUGACCAAGUACGACUUUUCUGCAAUACGCGGAUCCCUUAUCGCCAGCGUACCGGGGAGACACAAGCUCAGUGACUACUCGCCAACCAGAUGGGGCUGGGCAGCGAUGGAGCAGGCCCUCAAAGCCAUUCCCGUGUCCCAGGCUAAAUCCGAAAUCGCAAUACAAAUCUCCUCAAUCGCCACCCUAGGUCCAACAGACAGCUGGCUCAAAAACACUUUCUUCCGCGCCCUCAGCGGGGGGCAAGGCACCGCUACCCGACCACCUCCCGACUUCAAGGUCGUCUUCCCCACCGCCGACGAAAUCCGCAAGUCCCUAGACGGGUAUGGCUCGGGCGGCUCCAUCCACACCAAGAUCUCGUCUGCACAGCAGGUGAAGCAGCUGGCGUACCUCAAACCGAUGUUCUGCCACUGGGCCAACGAUUCGGCCAACGGCGCAGAUCUAGACGCCAACGCAACGGCACAAGAGGCAGGCAGGAAACGCGCAGCGCCGCAUAUCAAGACAUACAUCCGCUACGGCAAUAAAUUCGAUCAGUCCAUCGACUGGGCGCUGGUCACGUCGGCGAACCUGUCAAAGCAGGCAUGGGGCGAGGCCGUCAGCAGCAGGGGCGAGGUGCGCGUCGCGUCGUACGAGAUCGGCGUCCUGGUAUGGCCGGGCUUGUACGCAGAGGACGCGACCAUGAAGGCGACGUUCUUGACGGACUCGCUCGCGGAUGGCGAGGUGGAGGAGGGCAAGGCGGCUGUGGCGCUGCGGAUGCCGUAUAGCCUGCCGCUGCAGGCGUAUGGGGAUGGCGAGGUGCCGUGGGUUGCGACGGCGAACCAUUUGGAGCCGGACUGGAUGGGGCAGGUGUGGGAGGCUUAA